AUGCGAUCCUUUACACCGGCGCUUGUCGCCUCCCUCGUCUCGGCGCUCUUACUGGCCCCUGCAGCCUUGGCCGAUGUCACCCUCACUCCUGCACGCAGUAUUGCAAGUGCAGGCUCCACCGUAUCCAACGCCAUCAGCCCAUCCUAUGCCGGCUUCGGUAUCGAGCCAUCCGAUCUCUUCGUAUACACUGGAACUACCUCUGCCAAUCAACUCACUUUCAACCUGCUCUCCAACCUCGCAAACUACACCGGUGCCCCCCCACACAUCCGUAUUGGCGGCAAUGCCGGCGACACUAUGCUCUAUGAUCAGUCAGUGACAGCCUACGCCCUUCAGCCAAACCCAAGCGCCUCUGGUCAGGGCAACGCAAGACCCUCGGAUUAUUAUCUCUUCGGCGACAACUACUUCAAAGUCAUGAACUACUUUCCCAAGGGCACGCCCAUUACCUAUGGUCUCAAUCUCGCUUACCAGGGAUCUGAUGCGCUUCAGCGCAUCGUCGAGCAAGCAAGUGCCGCUUUCGACAACAUCGGCACCGACGACAACGGCGCCAAGCUCUUCAGUCUCGAAAUCGGUAACGAACCCGAUCUUUACAUUGACCUUGGCUACCGCUCUCCCGAUUGGACCCCUACUCAAUUCGGUAACGAAUGGGCCUCUCGUGCCGAGGCCAUCUACCAACAGACCUUGAAGCAGAGGAACGUCAAUUCCGACUUUUUCGAAGUCGCUGCUACCGCCACCACCGCGUCCAAGAACGGUCAACCGUUCCGCAUCGCCAACUUGGUCGGCAACUCUCAGGGUGUCGCUGCUGACAACGGCAUCUACGUCGCUGGUUGGAAUCAGCAUGACUACUUCUACUACAUCAACGUCUCGCCUUUCAAUCUUACCCUAUCCUACCUUCUCGAUCUUUCCAACACCGCCAACCAGUUCCGCGAAUGGGCAAACCAGGUCGGUCAAGCCAUCGUCACCGGAAAGCCCUACUAUCUCAGAGAGAUGGGCAGCGUUGGUCCCAAUGGUCUUCCAGGUAUCAGCGAGACCUUUGGAAACGCUCUUUGGACCCUCAACUUCUUCUUUUAUGCCGCUAGCAUCAAGGUCGACAGUGUCCAGAUGCACAUGACUCAAUACUCCCAAGCUGCGCCAUGGCAGACCAACUACAUGGGUGGCAAGGGACCUCACGUUCGACCCACCUAUUAUGCCUGGGCUGCUUGGGCCCAGAUCAUUGGUCCCACCUGCAAUUCCCAGGUUGCACCCAUCCCGCUCAGCAAUCAACCCUCAUCGUACAGCAACCGCCUUGGCGCCUACGGUGUCUACCGAGCUAACACCUUGACCUCGGUCGUCAUGAUCAACACCCAGCUCUACUACUCGUCCAGCAGCUAUCCAAGUUACCAGAACUUUGUCCUCAGCUUGCCCUCUCUCGCCGGCCAGACCGUCUACCUUUCUACUCUCUAUGCUGAUGGCGUCGAUUCGACUUCCAACGUCCAGUGGAACGGUAUCAGCUACGAGCAGAGUGGCACCGGGCAGCCCCGCACCGUCAACGGUACCCAGUGGACUAUGACCGUCGGCACCGACGGAACCCUGACAGUUCCCGUUCGCGAUAGUCAGAUUGUCGUUGCCAGCACGGUUCGACUUGGCCGAGAGUCGGUCGGAGCGCAGAACUGCCAAAAUAUUGCUGCGCCAGGUCUCGGCUCGACCAGCAGCGGAACUGGAACUGGAACCAGCAGCGGCGGCAAGCCCGCCCCUACCUUCAAGUCCACCACUGGCUUUAAGUCCGACAUGCCUCUGAGUAUGACUGCCAUCAUCGCCAUUGCUGCCAGCUGCGGUGCCUUGCUGAUUCUCCUACUCGGCCUCUUCGUAUGGUGCUGUGUGCGCUCGUGCAAGAAGAGGGACGCACGCAAGGCACGUGCUGCGGCUAUUCUCAAGACUCCCCCUCGUCACGACGAUCACCCCUUGCUCGAAAGUCACUCUGCUGAAGAGAGCUUUGCCUCAUUCCCUGCCUACCAGAAGGCGCCAGGCCAUCGAGAAUGGGACAGUCCCAUGACUUCAGUCAGCCAUGGUCAGCAAAUACACCCUUCAACAAGCUACGCCAAUGUUCAGCCCGAGUAUGAUUGGACAGCACCAGCAGGUCAUCAACCUCGCCCUUCAGCGAGCCAGAGGUCAACCCCGCAGAUGCAACAGUAUUAUUUCCAUCAGCAGCAAAACCCAGUGUACUUGCAAAGCCCAUAUCAAAGCCAUGUGCAAAGCCAUGCGCAAAGUCAGUAUGAACAGAGCCAGUACAGUCACAGCUACAACGAUGCUCGAGCGUUCUAA